AUGAAACAGGACAGUUCUGCAUUACAAAGGAAAGCAUUUGAAAGGAAGGGUGUUUUAGUCAAAAUUAAUAGAGAUAUCUUAUGGAUUAAUCUGUUGGCAAGUUAUUUAUUUCAAUUACCUCUUUGCAAAUUAAGAAUGAUUUGCAAAAAUACCACAAAAAAAGAAACAAGUUUUGUAAUUGAGGAUGUGAGUAGGAGAGACCUCCUUGAAAUUUUUGAAAGUGCAGAGGAAAAUGAAGAAAGCUCUACAGUUCUUGAAACCUUUGAAAAUGCAGAGGAAUUUGCAAAUGUUGAAGAUGAAGGCCCCGAAUUUGUUGAUGUUACGUGGAAUGCUGGGGGUACUUCUUCAAAACUCACUUCUGAAAUUGUAGCAACUGCACAAUCAGUUUAUGGUUUGGAAACAAUGAUGCAUCUUACUUGUACAAAUAUGCCUAAAGAAAAGAUAGAUAUAGCACUUAAGCAAGCUAAAGAAUGCGGUGGAUCUUGA